GCACAGUAAUAAUUUUGUAUUGAAAUUAAAUUGAAACGACAGAGAACAAAAUGAAAGUGAAGAACCUAAGAAUAAAUCCUCUGAACCGUAUACGGGAAAAUCAGAGAGAAGAAGACGAGCCGAGUACAUCGGAAGAGAAGAAGCCAGAGGUUAUUUUGCCAUCUGAUAGCAACUUUAAUCACAUCAAAUGUAAGGCAGUUCGUUACCAGAAAUGUCAGAAAUUAAAGAAGGAAAAGGCGAAGGCCAAGAAAGAAGCGAGGAAAAAGAGAAUUCAGGAAGGAGGUCCGAAACAAAUUCCUCACACGAUUGAAAGCUUGAGAGAAAAAGAUGAAACGACUAUCACCGGGAAUCUCGAUGACGAAGAAAACGCGGAGUUGAAACUUGACUUCGAAAACGACGAAUUUUCUUCUUAUUACAAGCAUUCUUACGAGCCGAAAGUUCUGAUCACGUUCAGCGACAAUCCAAACAGAAAGACUAGAAUUUUUGGCAGAGAGCUGACGAGGAUAAUUCCGAAUUCUAUCUCGUUAUAUAGAAACCGUUCUGGGGUGAAAAAGAUGGUAAAGAGUGCCAUUGCAAGAAAUUUCACUGAUAUUGUUGUCGUUAACGAAGAUCAAUGCAAACCGAAUGGUAUGCUGGUCAUUCAUUUACCCGAUGGACCGACGGCGUACUUUAAGCUUAGCAAUGUUAAGAUAACUACAGAACUAAAACGUAGUCAUAAAGAAAUUACUACUCAUAGACCCGAAGUUAUUUUAAACAAUUUCACCACUCGGUUGGGUUACACAAUCGGUAGGAUGUUAGGUGCAUUGUUUCACUACCAACCCGAGUUCAAAGGCAGGAGGGUCGUAACGUUUCAUAAUCAGAGAGACUACAUAUUCUUUAGACACCAUAGGUACCAAUUUGACUCCGAAAGGGGGAAACCUAGAUUAAGGGAACUGGGACCUAGAUUCACUUUAAAACUGAAAUCAUUACAACAAGGAACAUUCGAUAGCAAAUAUGGGGAAUACGAAUGGAUUAUACAAGGAAAGAGACACGAUAUGGAAACUAGUAGAAGGAAAUUCUUCUUAUAAGUUCUUAGUGAAAUAAACACGUUUUCAUAGAAAUAUAGAAAUCAUUUAUGAAAGUUUGGAACGUGUAACAAGAAUACUGAAAUGUAAUA